AUAUUUUGUAAUUUUGUAUUGGUUGCAUAUCAACUUUCAAGCGCAUUUCCUAAUUUUAUUCUAUUAUUCUUAUUUAAUUUGGUCAGAAAUUAUGAACGGGAAUUGGGUGGAGAUUAUCGUAAAAACAUUGUAGGUUUCUUAUUUAUUUCAUUCAUAAUCGAUUUUAUGUGGUAUUAACAUUAUUAGGUAACUGUAACGAAGCGUUAAACAAGUUUUAUGUAGGCGGUGUUGAUGUGUCCAAACAGUGGAAUGUUGUGGAUUGUGUGCAUUAGAUGAUCCGUUUAGUUGUUGAUCCAGCAAUAUGCACGAAUUGCUGAAGCACGUGCUUACUGAGCGCGACCUCACUCGUGCAGGGGACAUAUUCGCAAUUCCUGAUUCUGACAUCGUCAACGAUAUCAACGAAGUUUUAAAACAAAUUACAGAAAUUUCCUCCAGGCCUGAUUACAUUCGUAAUGAUAGAGAUCAGGCUUUAAUUGAAAUAUGUGUCACAAGAGUAACAUCUUGCAUUAAAGAGACUGGAACUUUGGCAAAGUACUGUAGUGCACUUGUAGCUUUGCUAGAGUCCUGUCUUCAUCACAAUCUUAUGCCAGUUGGACAUUUAAGAGAUGAUGAUCCACCACAUGCCAAAAUUGCCUCCGAUGUCAUUUCUUGUAUUGUUCUUGUAUCAUUCCCUUUACAAUCUGACAAGGAGACCAGCACUACUGCAGAAGUUAUGGAGUUAUUUCUUCCAGUAGCUGUGCAAUUCUUGCACAAGGGAAACCGUGAGAUAUCUAGACAUAUGGCUAGAUAUUUGUCAUUAGCAGCUGUCCAUCAUGCAGGACUUUUGAAACCGCAUGUUCAAACAAUUAUGGACUCUAUAAUGUCAGGCAACUACCCUCUAUGUCGCAUCCUAACCAAUUUAUAUGAAGUGUGUCCUGAGCCGCUUGAAGGGCAUGUUACUGCUUUAGUAGCACUGCUUCCUCAUGCGGAACCAGUGGAGAAAAGUUCGCUCUUUGGUCUAUUUGAGCAAAUUGCAUCAAGAAGGCCAGAAGCUUUAAAGACUGCAGUACCACAGUUGUUGUCUUAUUUAUGCCCAAACACUGCACCUCAAAAUGACCCAGGUUGCAUGUGCAUCGAUCUUCUUCAGGUGAUAGCCAGCGUGAGCGCCAGCCGUCCUUCGCUAGUGGUGGAGCAGACGGGAGUGAUAAAGCGCGCUGCUCGUCCGCAUCACGCCAGCCCUCAAAGCGCUGCCCUUAUCGCCACUAUACUGGCUCGUCUUGGAACCACUAGUCGGGAGCGAGCCCAAGAAGCCCUAAACUUUGUAGUUGAACGGCUACACGGAGCUGAAUGGUCGGAGCAAGCGGGCUUAAUCCGAGAAGCGACCGCGCUUUGCACCGCUUACCCUGCCUUAUUUACAGAUCGACUUCUUGCCGCUUUACGAGCAAACCACGGUAAUCGCCCAAAAUCAACACAUGGCGAAAUAAACAGAACCUCGGGUGGUGUAACCAUCGUUAAACUUAACCAGAAUUCCAACGACAUAAUAACAAGGCCAAUAGCCGAGCCCCCAGGUCCCGUUGCCCUAGGACCCCCGGGUAAUACUGGGACUCCGGCAGUAAAUACAGGGGCCCCAGUGGGAUAUACCAGAAGGGCUAAGUUGGGCGAUUCCCGAAGUACGGGUAGAUUACACCCGGGACCUAAUUCUCAUAGGAGCAUGACAAGGUUGAACGUUGCUGGUGGUUCAGUGGGCGGGCUACACAAGAGCAUGACGCGGCUUUCCUCCUCACAACAGAUUAAUGCACAAAACGCCAAUCUACCAGCACCAGUUCCAAACAAAAACAUCGUGAGCAAAGCUAUAAGUGGCGCAACUCAGGGCUCGACAUCGACAACUUCGCCCCCCUUUUCCUCCCAAUCAAUAUCAGUGAACCCUCUUAUUGGCAAAUCAUCAGACAUCACUCCCAUAACUUCCUCGGUCUCGAUCCAGCAUUCCAAUACAGCUCUCGGCCAAGUAUCAGUCAUCAACUCACACACGGGACCAAUUUUGACCCAAACGGGACCGAUCUUGACCCAAAUAGGAACAAACCCGGUCUCCAUAUCCGGCUCGGUGACAGUUACGUCCCGUAGAGCGAACAAUACGAGUGUGACGAUGAUAAAUACAAAUAAUAGUGAUGGGAAUCAUCGAAUAUCGGUUUUUGAGCCUUACCCAAUGCGGGAUACGGUACAACACUUCUGCGAGAAGCAUUUGGAUAAGAUUAAGGCAUUUAUGGAUAAUGUGUCCAUGAGGAUACCUCCACCUGCCAAAUGUACUAUUGAAGAGCGUCGUUCCAAAAAGCAAGCUCGCCUGCAAUUCGCUUGCGGGCGUCGCGGGCCUCAUUGCUUGUACGCACGCGGUGCGUUCUCGCUACGUACGCGCGCGCCUCGCGUCUGGAUACAUCUCAUGUUCCUAGCAUUACAGGCAAGGCACACAGCUGCCUUGUCCUCAAGAGACCCCACGGUGGCCAGUCUCAAACACUGCUGGGAUAUACUGAAGUGCGAGAACAAGACCUUUCUCACACUCGUUACGAGCGCUUUUCCGGGGUUAAAGGAACAAGAAAUGCUGGUGAACGAAUUACGCGCGGCGGGAUUCUUCGACGUAUUCGAAGUUAGUGCUGGUGGGGCAUGGGGCUGUUUCCUUUGUACCCACCCGGACAGGGCUGUAGGCUUUCUGGCAGCAGAUGGCCAACCAGUUAUAGAGGGACAGUUGAAGGAGAAAAAGGGCAGAUGGAGGCUAUUCAGACGAUGGAGAACACGGUACUUCACAUUGUCAGGCGCGCAUCUCUCUUGUAAAGGAUCGAGCGGUGGAGAGAGCAUAGAUGUCAACCAGAUCCGGUCAGUAAAAGUGUCCCGCGGGGCCAGAAAUAUCCCGAAAGCAUUUGAGAUUUUUACCGGUGAUCAAACCCUGAUCCUUAAGCCCAAAGACGGUAAGAAUGCCGAGGAAUGGGUGCAGUGCCUCAGUAUAGCUGUCGCUCACUCGCAAGCGAGAGAUGCGCCCUCUAAAGCCAACAGCUUGCCUGCUAGAGGACUCACUCUUAAGAGCUUUUAAUUCAUAUCAAGCCUGAACCAACACUAAUUAAUUUAUGAAAUUUAUAACGAGUCAGCAGGCCUACUCUAUAUUGUAAUUGAAUUGAUAAUUAAUCAUUAUGACAAGCAUUGAAAUUAAAGUACCUAUUACAAUUUUAUUAAUUACGGAGUAAGCCUGCUGGACUCAACAUUUUGGUUAAUUGUAUAUAAUUAAAACCAGGUUGAUGGUGCUAAUUCGAGUGAAACCUUAAAAUACUUUUCAUAUUAAAUGGUACAAUUAUUUAAUGUUAUCUACACGUGUCUGUAGUCUGUGAUCCAAUUUUUUUUAAAUUCGUUACCAGUUCAGGAAUUAUCAAAUUAUUGGAGAACCUUUAAAAAUUUAGUUUUAAUUGAUGUGAUGUGUCCGUUGGUUUGUCGAGAUUUAAGUUUUGGUGAAGGUUUUUAGAGUCAUAAUUAGCACCAUAACCCCACAGGCGUGAUUCACUAACGCCAAUCGAAAUUGUGUCGAAAUAAUCACGUAACCAAUCGUCAGCUUUGCUCAUGCUAAAUAUAUUUAUUUAAAUGCCCAGACGUUUAAGAUGUUGAAAGACAAUCGCCGAACGGUUAUUCGAAAUAAUUAUUAUUUAUAUUAUUAAGUAUUAGGGACUAUAAUGACGUAGCCUACACAAAACCGAAAUGCUUGGAACUGCUGCGACCAUAACUACCACCAGGGUUCUAUUUCCGGAUAGACUAUAAGUAUGGUGUAAAAAAAAAUUCUUCAUGUCGAAGUCGCUACAAAAUUCAACGAUACUCUAAGGCUAAGUGCGCACAUGUUACUUUUGUCACCGUACAUAAAAGUUUAUGUCAUUGUCACAUCAUGUUUCUAAAGUGGAGAGCGCUCAAGAAGUGAUAAAACUUUGUUGAAAUCGAAGCGUCAUUUACCGAUAUGGAUUUCGAAGAGAUUGUUGUUGUCUUCGAACUCAUCUGACUCAGAAUAAGAAAAUAUGAAAAUAUAAAUUAAAAAAAAGUUACACUAUGUUCUCUUCCCAAAUUCUCUUCUCUGCUUUAAUUUUCAAACUUCAGUUUUUUUUAUAGAGUGCUGGUCUCUUUUCUUCUUCAAUAAUGAUGUCAUUACCCAUAUUGUAUUAUCGGAUUCACUUUUUGUGUAGAUAGAAAGUUGAGAAUCAGAAGGCAAAUGUGAACGAACGAUGCUGAGAGUGACAAUUUUGUCCCGUCGUAACAUUGCGGGCUUCCAAAGACUUGUUAUGAGUGAGGAAACGGUCACAGACAAAAGUUACCCGUACGCGUUAGCCCUUUUUUUAUGUUGGAAUUAAAUUUUCUCUGAAAUUGUUUCUUUUAGAAAGAAAGAGAAACUUUAUACACAUAUACAGGAUAUUUAGGUAAUGUGCACUGGCCCCCACACUAGGAUUGCCUGUGUUGUGGGCGGCCAGUCUCUUCCUUUACGAGACAUUUUUUUAAAAUUAGUAAUGUUCAAAAUAAUAUUGUCUUUGUUUUACGGGAGUUCCUAUACAUUUGAAAAGUUGAACUGUCAACUUGACAUGACAGUCUCUCGUUGACUACGAUUGCUGAAAAGCGCUCAAUACGUCGAGUUGUAUAAAAAAUAAACAUUGUGUUUAAAGAAUAUUCUUAAUUUAAAGUCUUUAUUUUAGUGUUUGCUGAUGUCCAUUAGGUUUAAUCGAAUUGACAAAUGUCAUCAGAUUGUGUUUGUGUGCUUACAUUCCUUAACUAAGUCAUAAUACAUAAUACGAAGCCACUUUAAGCUCAGAAAUUAGUGUUAUAAACUUGUGUUGUGAUAGAUCAGACGUCCAAUAAUAUUUUUCGGUUGUAAUUUUUUGAGGAAUUUUUCGUAAAAAGACUACUUAAUAAGUACAAUUUCUUUAUAAAUAUUGAAUUAUAUAAUUGUUGUUUUUAGGUUAAGUUUAAAAUGCGUGGGACGAUUGAAAUGUUGAUUAUUGUUAAAUUGGAUUUUAUUUGUAUAUAAGAUUAUUUCAGAUUGAGAUUUUUAGAUCGAAGACUGAAGUCUGGUCAUGUUUAGUGUAAAACAUGAAAAUACUCUUAAGUUUGCUUAUUUUUACCGAUUGUUUGAAACAUCAUAAUUAUUGUAUUUACGUAAUAAUUUAUGAAAUUUUAAAUUCGGUGUUAUCUCUAUAUAUUCUGUACUUAAAUGACAAAUUAGUGGUUCUAAAUAUUAAUAAUAGCCUUAUUGCGAGCGUUCCCAAAAUUCGUUGUCUAGGUACAGAUACCGGCAAACUUCUUGAGCAUUAAACAAGGGAGUUGAGGAAAGUUUGCGCAUCGUACACAGCGCGGGACACAAACGUCAACUGAUUUACCAAUCACGCGAUCGCCAGGUCACUCUCCCGCCGCCGCGCACCAGUGAUACCAGGUAACGACAUUUGUUCAAGAUGUUUGCCGGUAUCUGUAAUUAACGUUAAAAUUUACUUUCAUACUUCAGAUUAAUUACCUGAUGCACUGUCAAAUACACUAUAUGUGUUAUUAAAAUAUUAAUUACCCACCGGAAUGUAACGGACGAACCUAGACAAAUAGUUAUUUAUAAUAGACGUCCCACUGCCCAGUUGCCAAGUAUAAAUAUAAUUAUAAUGAACUUAUGAAAUCGGUGCUAUUGAAAAAUUGUACUUACAUAGCGCUUCCAGUAAGAUUUUAGUUAUAAGAUUUUUAUAGUAGUAUUUUAAUGACAAUAUGUUACACCAAAUAUACAGGGUGGAACAAUAUAGUAUACAGUUUUAUUAGCGUUUAACUUCAAUACAAUUCAAAUUUUAUAGGUUAGUUUUUAUCUUUUUUAUUGACUCAAGAAAAAACAUAGCAACACAACAAUUUUUAUUUUUUUCAUUCAUAGAAGAUUCUGUAUUAGACUUCGUAAAUGAAAACUUAUUUUCGUUUCCUAUUGGAAGAGUAUUGAAGUUGGGCGCUAAGUUUGUUUAAUGGAACCUCAUUGUUUGACAUUGUACAGCACGGCGUAUGUACUUAUUCCCUUAUUUAUUGAA